AUGGCAGGCACCCAUCUCGACUAUAGUAAACCUCACUUGAUGCUUGCAUUCACAGACAAGUGGCCUUGUCGAUCAUGGACUUUCAAAACUUUGGCAGAUUUGUUGGGAAAUCAGAAGUUCUCUUGUCGUGUUGCUGAGAAAUCUUGUGAUCAGAAAAUGGAGACACAGUGCUCAUAUCACAACGUCACCAUUAAGGAAUUCUGUGAUUGGCUGGAUGGGACAGCCAGUGACAGGAACCCGCUAAGGUCCGUACUUAGAGAAGAGAACUACGGUUACAUAGACUACAAGUACAUGAAGGAUAUGUUCAAGGAGCUCCCUUACAUUUUUGAUGAAGUUCGGUGGGAAGAUUUUGGCCUGGUUGGCUACAAUGGGUGCGAUAGCACCAUUUGGAUAGGCAGUGAAGGAGCAAACACACCAGCCCACCAGGAUACAUAUGGAUUCAAUCUAGUCACCCAGAUUUAUGGCAGAAAACUAUGGAUCCUGUUUCCCCCAGAAGACAGUGCAUACUUGUACCCAACACGAGUCCCAUAUGAGGAAUCCAGCAUAUUUACGGAGGUCAACGUAAGAAGGCCAGAUCUUCAUCAUCAUCCACAGUUUCAGCUAAGCCAUCCGUAUGUGGUAACCCUGCAACCAGGCCAGACAUUAUAUGUGCCCAGGCACUGGUGGCAUUACGUGGAGUCCAUAGAACCUUCUAUAAGCAUUAAUGUCUGGGUCCCAGUGAAAGAGGACAUUGACAGCCGUUUUUCUGAAGCCAUCACUCGUUGCCUAGCUUCAGAUCUCAUUUCAUCUUUGGACACAAGCAGUGCUGGACAUCAACGGUCAAGGUGGCUGAACACCACAGAGACAGCACAGUAUGAUAUUUCACAGGAAAUAGUAAAUCAAAGUGGCUUUCAGCGCUGGCUAAAUCAGAAAGGUGGUUUUCAUAGAGAGAAAGAAGCCAAAACAGCAGCUGAUUCUCAGACCCAUUCUCAAUGGACUAAGGAUGAUACUGGUGAAAGAAUUUGUCAAAACGUCCAGGAUUCACCCACAGACAGACUCAAUGUCCUAAACAGCCAGACUCCUGCAGAUCAUUCAGAAGGAGCGACUGAUAAAUACAUGUUGAGUCUGUUCAUUGAGAAAAUGAAAGGAUAUAAGAUAGGUAGGGCUGAUAGUCCUUUCCAGUGUGACAUUGAUGUAAGCUUGCCAUUGACAGCAGCAUUUGAUUCUCAAGCAUCUUCACCAAAGAAAGCUAAACUAGACCCAGGUGCAGCAGAAGCACUAUCAGACUCGGAAGAGAACUUUACAGAAGCUUCAUCUUCCAAAAUAAUCUCAAUAAAUCCAUGCUCAUUUGACACAUAUUUAAGGUUUUUAUUCAGCUUGUGUAGACAAAUCCGAUGUAGACACUGUUUCUUAGGGUCAGGAGCAACAGAUUGUAUCACUAUAAGCAAUGCAGAUAGAAAUAAUUUCUCCAGCAAUGCAGAUAGAAAUAAUUUAUCCAGCAAUGCAGAUAUAAAUAAUUUCUCCACCAAUGCAGAUAAAAAUAAUUUCUCCAGCCAUACAGAGGGAAACAAUUUCUUCACUCACACCAAAACUACAGGAUCCAAUGUUUCUCAAUACAAAAGUAGUACAACUUCUACUGCAAGGUUUAAGACUUCAGAGGGCGGCAAUAUCAGCUGCUUAAAAGAUGAAUUCAGUGGAGUUUCUGACAGUCGUAAAAGAAAGGCUUCAUUUGAUUGUAAAGAUAAACAGUGUGAGGAAGCUGGUGGAGAUGCUUCUUACGCUGAGAAUGAUGAGAGGGACGUAGAUAGUGAAAGUGUGGAUUCCGGGUCAGUGGUAGCUGGAGAUUGUAGUGAGUUGAGUCAGUCAGAAGUUGCAGAAAUACUGUUAUCUUGUACACUGCAUCCUCGUGUGGUGGAGUUGAUCUCCCAGUUGUUUAGAGAACGCUGUCAGCGCGGGUUGAAUCAGUUCAUUUGA